AUGAGAAUCCUGACAGUGGGCGAUGGUGACUUGACGCUUUCCCUGGCACUUGCGCGGUGCUAUGGUUCCCAAAUCAAGUUGACGGCGACAACCCUCUGUUCGAGCUACCAGGAGCUUUGCGAUACCUACAGCAACAGUGCCGAUGUGAUUCAGGAAUUGACUCGACAGCGGCAAGCCACGGUUCUCUAUGGUGUGGAUGCCACCAAGUUGUCACAGAAUCCAGAAUUGGUAGCGGCGUCUGUGUUUGACUUGAUUGUCUUUCAUCACCCGCAUUUGGGCUUGAUGACCAGUAAUGAUUCUGCUUCGGAUGAACAGUUCCAAGCGCAACGACAUUUUGUGCUAUUGGCUCAUUACUUGGCAUCGGCCAAGGCGUUGCUGCUGCUGCAGUGCCGAGAACAUGUGCCUGCCACUACUGUCAACCACGACAACCACUAUAACCCCAUGAUCCAUUUGUGUAUUACCCACCAUCAAGCACAGACAUGGGAAAUGAAACGAGCGGCACAACGCAACGGUCUCCGACUGGUCCAAACAGCCAAGACGAAUGCACCCUUUCACGCCAUUAUCAAUCCACUAUUUUACACGACAACCACAAAGUUGACGAAUCUUCCCAAAGAACCCGGCUUUGCAGCCCCCCGACGGUAUCGCAAUGGCAAGCUGGGCAGUCAUCAUUAUUUGGCGGGAUAUGGAUACAUGCAUCGACGGACUCAUGGGGAGAAGCAUGCGGGAAAGGCGGAUAUGAAUGUAGAAGGAUCCAAGCACUACUUUUUUGUCGCAAACGACGAUGACAACCAACCACAAAAUGAUACAGGCAAAGCGGAAUCAGGAGAAAGUAGCAUCUUUUCUUGUGACAUUUGUGGCUUGACCUGUGAAUCCAAAGAUGCUCUGAACAACCAUUUGGAGGCACCUGCCUUGCCCGAUCCACCUGCCAUGGAUAUCAAUGAGAAGAAAAGGCCACCACCAACGACAGAACAUGGUUCCAACAAUAAUUUUGGCGCACGAGAUACAACCGCAACAGUUUCAAACAAUGAAGAUCAAAUUGUAGCAGACAGCAACAACAGCUGGCUCGUCACUAAAGAACACAGUGGCAAACGAUUGCGACGCUUCCUGCAGCAUGUUGCAUUCCCCAAGCGGGCCCGAAAGAAAUGCGACAAACUCGUCACCGAAGGGCAAAUUUUGGUCAACGGAAGUGUGGCAAAGGAUACCAGCCGCAUUCUGACUAGUGGCGACGUUGUCUCGACGAAUGAAAAAGACGUGACUUUCAAGCUGCAGGCCAUUCAUGCCUCGCUACAACCAGACUUGCCCAUGCUGGCGGCAUGGGAUGGACCCAAACACAGCAAUCCAGGAAGUAGUGAUGAUGGUCGCUCGUGCAACACUAAUACGAACGCUCUGGUGGUAGUAGUGAACAAGCCGGUGGGGAUGCGAACCAAGGGAAUCUACGAAUCGGCUAGAACAAUAGAACAGAUUGUAUCGGAUCAACUCGAGGCCAGAUACCACAGUUUGUCGAGUGUGGACACUGGCAUUGGUGGUCUUUGUGUGCUACAACGACAACCAGUCGGCGGGAAGAAGAAGAUUGACAACCAGGACUUUGUAGAGCUAGACAACAUCCGUCUGGAGAGCAAGUUUACGGCGCUGGUUCAUGGUCAUGUCCCAAGCGAGUGGGAUGAUCCCGGCAUCCAAGUGGCCGUACCCAUUCGAAGCAUUCGCAAGUGGGGACAGCAGAGGGAGGAGCUCCAAGAUGAUGAGUCCGAUCCGGCAAGUACAAUGAUUGAGGAAGACAAUGAUGAUGACGAAGACCAAGGAGUGGACGACGAUAACACUGAAUGGGCCAUGAAGAUUGUGUGUACCGAAAGAACAUUAACACGAGGUCGAUCCCAAGAUGACGAGCCCGCACCUGCAUUGUGCACGCUGCAAAUCUCGACGACCUGCCAAGCCUCGGGCCUUUGCCGUGCCAUUAUUCUCUACCUUCGAAAACAACGAUAUCCCGUGGUGGGAGAUCGAUUGUGCCAACGGGAGCUGGGUCAACUGCCCCGGUCGAUGCGAAACCGCAUCAAGAAGAAGUUGCUGAUGGGAUGUUUUGGUGUUCAACUGAGUGCUACUGUUAGAAGUAGUAGUAUUGACAAGAAAAUAGGGGAGCCAACAUCCACCAAUGUCUCUGUUGUUGUUGAAGAUGAUAAAACAAGGUCGUCUGUUGUGGAUUGUCAAGUCGAUAUUCCCGAGAGAUAUAGUGCCAAUUUUUGGCAAAGUCAUUGGGAGAAUGCGACAACCCUUGAUCCAAACGCAAGCACUAGCUAG